UCGUCGUCGGGCUCCGACAAGGAAGACAAUGGGAAGCCCCCGUCUUCCGCCCCGUCCCGGCCCAGACCCCCGCGGAGGAAGCGGCGAGAGUCCACCUCGGCCGAAGAGGACAUCAUUGAUGGAUUUGCCAUGACCAGCUUUGUCACUUUUGAAGCGCUGGAGAAAGAUGUGGCCCUUAAACCUCAGGAACGCGUGGAGAAGCGCCAGCCCCCCCUGACCAAGAAGAAGCGAGAAGCACUCACCAACGGCCUGUCCUUUCAUUCCAAGAAGAGCCGCCUCAGCCACCUGCAUCACCACAGCUCGGACCGAGAGAACGACCGCAACCUGGGCCAGCAGCUGGGGAAGAGGAAGAAAACGCCCAAGGGGCUCCGACAGAGUUCAGCUUCUUCCAGCUUGAGGACAGGCUACUUCUGUGACAGUGACAGCGACCAGGAAGAGAAGGCAUCUGAUGCCAACUCUGAGAAACUCUUCAACACUGUUGCAAACAAAGAUCCUGAGCUCGGUGUUGGCACGCUCCCCGGACACAAUGGCCAGGAUGCCGGGCCCAUUGUCCCCAAGAUCUCGGGCCUAGAGCGAAGCCAGGAGAAGAGUCAGGACGGCGGCAAAGAGUCCGUCUUCGAGCCGGCAGUGCUGAAAGGCCCCUGUCCCCAGGUUCCUCAUCCGCUCCCCGCGGAGCCGUCUGCCGAACCCCAGCCCCGGGCGCCGUCGCCGCGCCCCAACCUAGUGCCGCGCCCCGAGGCCCCUGCUCAGCCCCCACCUCCAAGCUCGCAGCCGCCGCAGGCCCCCCCAGAGGCCCAGCUGCAGCCCGCGCCUCCACCUCAGGCCCAGAGGCACCCCCGGCCCCAGACCCCCGGCCAGCUGCUCCAUCAGAACCCCCCGCCUGUGCAGGCACACCCCUCCACUCAGAGCCUGUCCCAGCCUCUGUCUGCCUAUAACAGCAGCAGCUUAAGCCUCAACAGUUUAAGCAGCAGCCGAAGCAGCACCCCCGCAAAGACUCAGCCCGCCCCUCCUCACAUCUCCCACCACCCCUCAGCCUCCCCGUUCCCCCUCGCGCUGCCCAACCACAGCCCCCUGCACAGCUUCACCCCCACCCUCCAGCCCCCCGCGCACUCCCAUCACCCCAAUAUGUUUGCCCCUCCCACGGCUCUGCCUCCACCACCACCGCUGACAUCAGGGGGACUGCAGGUGCCUGGACAUCCAGCCGGGAGCACUUACUCAGAGCAAGACAUCUUGCGACAAGAACUGAACACCCGCUUUCUGGCCUCUCAGAGUGCUGACCGGGGGGCCUCGCUGGGCCCUCCGCCCUACCUGCGGACCGAGUUCCACCAGCACCAACACCAGCACCAGCACACCCACCAGCACACCCACCAGCACACCUUCACGCCGUUCCCCCACGCCAUCCCGCCCGCCGCCAUCAUGCCGACGCCAGCACCUCCCAUGUUUGACAAAUAUCCUACCAAAGUUGACCCCUUCUACCGGCACAGCCUCUUCCACUCCUACCCUCCUGCAGUCUCGGGCAUCCCACCCAUGAUCCCACCCACUGGGCCCUUUGGGUCACUGCAAGGAGCAUUCCAACCGAAGACAUCCAACCCGAUCGAUGUUGCCGCUCGCCCCGGGACGGUCCCGCACACGCUCCUGCAGAAGGACCCUCGGUUGACAGAUCCUUUCAGACCUAUGUUAAGGGUAAGAACGCUUCUUUCGGAACUGUUUUCGCAACCUUUCUCUGACUCCCGGCGGGCUCAAGAUGCAACCUGCCAGAAUGGUGGGACCCUGUCAUUCUAUAGCCCUGUCGACCCCUGGUGGGCGCACUUUUCUGGCACCAGGGGGCAUCGAGCAAGCCCUUCGGCUGGGAAUCUUCCAGCCAUUUUGGAUCUUGAGCCUGACGGGGCUCUUGUUGUAAGUGGGGUCCUCUUAGAUUUCCAGCCUCAUCCAACAUCCUCCCACCCCACCCCCUUCCUGUUCCAGAAACAGAUGCAAUCGGACCCACACAAGUUGGACUUCGGCCUGAAGCCGGAGUUCCUGAGCCGCCCGCCGGGCCCCAGCCUCUUCGGAGCCAUCCACCAUCCCCACGACCUGGCCAGGCCGUCCACGCUCUUCUCUGCUGCUGGUGCUGCACACCCAACUGGGACCCCUUUUGGGCCACCACCUCAUCAUAGCAACUUUCUUAACCCUACUGCCCACCUCGAGCCUUUUAAUCGGCCAUCGACGUUUACAGGCCUGGCAGCAGUUGGUGGCAAUGCCUUCGGGGGACUUGGAAAUCCUUCAGUUACACCCAACUCAAUGUUCGGCCACAAGGAUGGCCCCAGUGUGCAGAACUUUAGCAACCCUCACGAGCCCUGGAACCGGCUGCACCGAACACCUCCGUCGUUCCCGACCCCUCCGCCCUGGCUGAAGCCGGGGGAGCUGGAGCGCAGCGCGUCUGCUGCAGCUCAUGACAGAGAUAGAGAUGUAGAUAAACGAGACUCCUCCUCCGUUAGUAAGGAUGACAAAGAAAGGGAAAGCGUCGAGAAGAGACACCCCAGCCACCCGUCACCAGCACCCGUCCUCCCGGUGAGCAGCCUGGGACACGGCCGCAGCGCCACCGAACAGAUCCGGGGUCAUUUGAACACUGAGGCCCGCGAGAAAGACAAGCCCAAAGAGCGGGAGCCGCGGGACCACGGCGAGGCCCGCAAGGACCUGGCCGCCGACGAGCACAAGGCGAAGGAGGGCCACCUGCCCGAGAAGGACGGCCACGGCCACGAGGGGCGCGCCGCGGGGGACGAGGCCAAGCAGCUGAGGACUCGAAUGAUGACGCCUUUCAUGGGCAUCAGCCCCAUCCCGGGCGGGGAGCGCUUCCCAUACCCGUCUUUCCACUGGGACCCCAUCCGGGACCCCCUGAGGGACCCCUACCGAGAACUGGACAUGCACCGCCGAGACCCCCUGGGCAGGGACUUCCUGCUGCGGAGCGAUCCCCUGCACCGCCUCUCGACGCCGCGGCUGUACGAGGCCGAGCGCUCCUUCCGGGACCGGGAGCACCACCAUCACCACCACCACCCUCUGACCCUGGACCCGCGGCGCGAGCACGAGCGCAGCGCCCACCUGGACGAGCGCGAGCGCCUGCACGUGCUGCGGGAGGACUACGAGCCCCCGCGGCUGCACUCGGUCCACCCCGCCUCCCUCGACGGACACCUGCCCCACCCGGGUCUCAUCACCCCAGGGCUCCCCAACGUGCACUACCCCCGCAUCAGCCCCACCGCGGGCCACCAGAACGGACUGCUCAACAAGACCCCGCCCACAGCCGCGCUCAGCGCCCCGCCCCCGCUCAUCUCCACGCUGGGGGGCCGCCCGGUCUCCCCCCGAAGGACCACCCCUUUGUCCGCAGAGAUGAGGGAGAGGCCGCCAUCCCACACCCUGAAGGACAUCGAGGCACGAUGAGAGGACGGAGACACCACCCCCACCCUACCCCUCCAAAGCCACCCCACAAGACUCCCGGCCAAAACCAGCGAGAGGACUCCCGAGCCUUCGACCUUCGGGGCCUUCCCGGCUGUCCCCCGUGUAAACACAGACAGACAUGUACAGGCUCCAGUGCAGAUUUUGAAACUUUUUUUUUUUUUUUUUUGUAUAUUCUCUGUUGAAAUUUUUCAGAUCUUUUAGCCAAGUCAUCCGUUUUUAAUGUCUUUUUGGGUUUUUGGGGUUUCAGCUUUCUUUUUCCCUCCUCCCCUCGUGUGAAAUUUCAGAUCCGCACCCCAACAGUGAGGACGAAACACACGCCCAUUGAAUGAUGGGUGGGGGUGGGGUGGGGGAGGGGAGUUCACAACCCACCGUGCAAAGCGGUUUCCGAUGAGAAGGCAAGACCUGUACAUAGUUCUGUAAAAAAAGAAAAAAAUGGAGAGAGAAAGGAAAAAAAUGAUUGCUUCUUGGGCUAAUGGUUCAUAUAUGCAAAAGGGUAAGAUGAAAGCUUUACUUUGUACAGAUGUAAAUAGAUAAAGAUUAAGUAACAUAAUACAUUAAUACUUCUUUAAAAUGUGCUAUUUGCAAACAUGAUCGCAGCAAGGAGCGAGGUCGGCCCAGGGGAGGCCACGUUCCUGUAUCUUGUGAGAAGACAGCUAAACCCUUCAACUAUGCAAUGAAUCUUAGGGCUUUUCACCAAAGCCCGCCUAACUCAAAGGAGCCUUUUCUGAUCCAUUUUCCACAUACUUAAGGUCAUAUUUUCCCUGAACAAGCGCUUAACCGUGAUAUGACUCUUGUUUUCCUUGCUUGCUUUACCCAUAUGGAGAACCAUCGGAGAGUGGGGCCCGGGCUGGAACUUGGCAUUCGAAGAUGCCGCCUGUGAGUACCCAUAGGCGCAGGGGAGGGGCAAGACAGGUGCAAACCCCACCCACAAAGGUCAGAGGACAGGAACAGUCAGACCAGGGAAACUGGGAUUUGCCCGAUGCCAAAAUCAGAGCGUAGGUGUCAGCCGCAGUGUCUGGCUGACAGAUGUCAGAGCCCCCAUCCCUCAUGGAUCACACACCUCAUUGCAGGAACAUGCCUUUGUCAACACAUCCUAGCUCAUAUCUGUACACACUUACUCGUUCAGUAAUGCCGGUCAGCUACAUGCCAGCUGAUCCUGAAGGAAAGUUCACGUUUCUCAGAUGAUGGAUAUGUUUCCACUGUACCCAAGAGCCGGUAGUUUAAGGUACAGCCUCCCACUGUGACUUGAAUUCCCAGUUGGUGGGGAAAAAGGAAAUUUUUUUUAAAAAGGAUAAACCGGAACAGAUCAAAACCUCAUGUAGUCCUUGAGAUUUCUGGAGGGGGUUGGGGGGGAAAGAAAGGUGGCAGAGAAAGGUCUAGUGUGUGCUGGUGUUUUUAAGUUCACCUCCAUCUUAGUGUCUCUUCAUCACCUUUUAUAAUCACGUUCAGCCUAUUGUCUACAUAUUUGGAGAGAAUAUGACUUUACUAGCAGAGAAAUACACUAUAUCUUGUCUACUGGACUGUAAAAUAUAUGUAUGAAAUAAAAACUAGUUCCAUCGGAUCUUCUAGUAUACUAAAAGUAAUAUCUGACGUCGUUACCCUGUUUUUUGCAACAACAAAAAAAAAAGUGAACUACCAACCAUUGUUUCUAAUAAGCAGAGAGAUUCUAUUUUAGUAGUAAACUGAAGGUUUAGUUGUGAGCUUCAGAUUUUGUGAACUCCAGAUGUUGUGCAGUGUUUUUUGGUUUUUGUUUUGUUUGGGCUUUUUUUUCUUUUUGUUUUUUGUUUUGUUUUGUUUUGGCGGGGUGGG